AUGAUGGAUGCUAGUUAUGUAGCUAAUGAGUGGCUCGGGUUCCCAAAACUUUACUGGCCCAGAGACUGGUAUUGA